AUGGAGAGUCUGAGUGAACUUCAGAACCCUCUGCUGCCUCGGAGCCCCGCCCCGCUGCAUGGCCGCUACCCCUACCCCGAGGCUUCGCCCAGCUGGUCAUGCCAGGAGAAGCUCUACUCCUACCUCCUGGGUGGUGCUGGCUCUGCUCGCACCCACCAGCUCCUGGACCCGGGGUCCCUGCAGCUGGCCGUGGAGGCCUGGUACAGGCCCAGCUGCCUCCUGGGGAGGGACAAGGUCAAGGAGCCCAGGGCAAGCAGCUGUGAGACCAGCUUCACAGAGAACAGGGAGCUCCAGGCUGGGCCCGCGGAGCAGUCCACAGAACCUGGCCAAGUAGAAGAGGAUAUCACCAUCCAGACCGUGUCCUACGGGGUUCAAGAGGAGCUGCAGGGCCAGGAGAACGACCAGGAGGAGGAGGAGAGUGAUGUGACCUCCACAGACAGUGAAAGUGAAGACAACUUCGUGGCGCUGCCCCCCAGGGACCACCUGGGCCUUACUAUCUUCUCCAUGCUCUGCUGCUUCUGGCCCCUGGGCAUCGCUGCCUUCUACUUCUCCCAGGGGACCAGCAAGGCCAUCUCCAAGGGAGACUUCCGCCUGGCCAGCACCACCUCCCGCAGGGCCCUCUUCCUGGCCACACUCUCCAUCGCCGUGGGCGCCGGUCUCUAUGUGGCUGUGGUGGUGGCUCUGGCAGCUUACAUGUCCCAGAAUGGCCAUGGCUAG